CUCCACCAAGACACCCGAAGUGCACAUGCAGUCGCUAGUACGGCGCUCGCCGAGCCCGAUAACCCCAAUCCUGCUACAAUGCACACUUCCUGGAACUAGCCUAUGCGCUAUCCUGAAACAAAACGAGAAUGAGCAGUGUCUUUCAACACCUUACCUACUUCUUCAAGCUCCCUUUCCACAUCCAAUGGCGCACGGUUCUCGUCCAACUCCCUCGCUGGGUCCCCCUCUCCAUCCUCCAUUUGACCUCUCCAAAGGGCCCCCAGCCUUUUGUGAUUGCGCUCCCGAGUCGUAAAAACCAUAGUAUUCCCAUAUACGUCUUCGUGCCGCCCGAACCCGUCGACCUCGGUGAUAAGGAACUAUGGGGCCCCAACGGAGAGUGGAAAGUCCCCGUCGUGUUGGACUUCCAUGGAGGUGGAUUCAUCAUGGGGUCACCGCUCGAGCAGGCGCCAUACGCGUCCAUGAUGUCGAGAGAGCUCGGGGCCGUGGUCCUCAGCGUGUCGUAUCGGAUUGGGCCGUUUCAUCAGUUCCCCGCCGCGAUUCACGAUGCAGAGGACGUUUUAUCUGCUAUUCUCGACACUGAAGCGGCGUCAGAGGCGGGGAAGGUACUGCGGACGGAGAUCAAUCGUUACAACCGCAUGACAGAAGAGAACCGUAAACGGCGGCGCCGCAACAGAGGCCAACGAGGGAGGUCGAAGACCAAACACCACCAUCAAUCCGACCUCGAAAGCGGCCUCUCCACCCCUAACAGCCGUGCCACCAUCCUCCUAGACCCCUCUCGCCUCUGCAUCUCGGGCUUCUCAGCGGGCGGAAACAUCGCGCUCAACACGACCCUCUCAGUCCCUCCAUGUGCCGACUUCGAAACCAACACUCUCCCCAGCCAACACCGCAACGCAACUUCAGACUCCAAAACCGCUCUCUUCUCCCCUACCCUCCCGCUCAAUCGCACCCAAACGAUCAUGGACGACCCAAACCACUCCUGGCCAACCGUGCUUCCCCCUCCACAAUCCCAACCCCGUUUCCUCCCACUCCUCUUAUUCUAUCCCUCCCUGGACGCGCGACUCCUACCGCAUCAACGUCCCAAGAGACCUCUCCCCAACUCUCUUCACCCGGACUCCCGCAAGCAAGAAAAGCCCAAGACGCCAGGCCUAUUCAGCAUCAUGAGCCCUACCUACCUCCCCAAACGGCUACGGGCCCAUCCCCGCGCGAGCCCCGGGUUAGUCCGUCCAGAGGACGUGCAGCGGAAUGCGACUAUCCUGCUCGUGCUGCCGGAGAAGGAUAGCCUAGCGGUGCAGAGCGAUGUGUGGGUUGACAAGAUGAGGAGAGCCGGGUGGGACGGGCCUGUCAGGUUUGGCGACGGCAGGGAAGGGGAUUGGGAUGGUCGUGGGUAUGGGUAUGGGUAUGGACCUGGAGACAGACCGACAGAUCCAUCGCAAAGUACGGAUGAGCAGAAGCCGGAGAAUGGAGGGCUGGAAGUGUGGCACGGGCCCAAGUGUCGGCACGGGUGGACGCAGUUCCCGACCAUAGCACUGGGGAAGCAUGAGCGGAUGGAAAGGGAUUUGGUGUUUACUAGGGCGCUGGAGUUUGUGAGGGAGAAGUGGAGGAAGGUGGUUGCUGUCGAGGAGCUCGGAAACACGAGUCAAGAGCUUAGGCUCUUGAAGAUUCCCACCGACGUCGAUGAGGGUGUGGCGGAGAGUUCUGGUUCACGGGCAAGCUGAUGGAGGGUAGGAAGUUGGCGUUAUUGAUCAGCGGAUAGAGAUCCCGUUUCUCUCGGAAGAGUGCAUCAUCGGUGCUGCAUUAUUCACAUUGGAUGGUAAAACACAACGAUGCUGUGGUCAAUUGUACCAGACUCCACUGAGGAAUCUAAGUAUACACAUAUGCAUACCCCCAAUAAGAUGGGGCCCAACACGACUUUCUUGCACU